AUGGCCACAUUGCUUUCAAGUAGGCAAGGACUUUUAACCAAAUCGGUGAAUAGGCUCGCCGCUGUAGUGGACGAGUACAAGGACUUAGAGGCAUGGGAACUGGAACCUCCCUCUGAGGACCACGAACGUAGGACUUAUCUAAGGACAGAGAGGAUGAGGAUUUGGAAAAUCAAAGCAAUUCUCGAAUCAGAAACAAGCAACGUGGACACGGCUCUCGAGCGCUACAGCAGCGCUGCUGAUAGCCUUGAUGCCAGCACCCCGUCGCUGGAUGAAAUUCUCGAGAAAGUCUGCUCCAACACUGAAAGGGCUGCCGCCACACUGGACAAAGGACGCGUAAUACUGACAGCAGUGGAUAAUCACACGAAAGAUAGGAAGGAUUCCUCUUUGUAUAUUGAAGGCUGCAUGGAGAAUGGCUUCUUGCACCCUCCAAAAUCGUACGAAGGGAUUGGAGAAACUCCUAUGAGAGCUUUACUCUGUCGCAUGCACCAGCUUAUGAGACAAAAUUCUACGAUUCCUUAUGAUCUCUCUUUAGCCAUGGACACGGCAUCUACUACGUCAGCCACGAAGUCUACUACUCCCAUGGACAAGGAUGCCACGAAGCCCACUACUCCUACUGACAAGAGUACUCAACGAACCAGACAAGCCGCCAAGACAUCUGCGUCUACUGCUAAGCCCAUCAAGCCAAGUGCCGAGCAGACAGUAGGUUCGAAGCCUGCAAAGAUCGCCAGAAAGAGGCCAGCGACUAAUGACACAACCUCGACGACCUCCGCCCCGAAACGUCAACGAAAUUCGUCUUCGUCUUCGUCAUCGUCAUCUUCGUCGACAGAAGAAGCCGGCGAUAUUCCACCUAAGAAAGGACGAGCUUCUGGGACCAUUCUGAAGGAACUCUUAUUGCAAGGAUCCCGAACUCUGCACCUUGCCGCGAGCAAAGUAGACCAGCUCGCCCCUGCGGUAACGACAGCUCCCUGUCCGCAGACAACUGAGCGUCUCCAGCGUAACGAAGAUCUGGUCAGAGCCUAUCAUUUGGAGAACAUGAAGAGGCACAAGACAACCGAAGGAAAGCUGGACACGCUGAGUCUGAAACUAAACAUACUCACGGAUCGUUUCGAAAAAAUGGAGAAAGAGAUCAAAGAGAGGAUGAACACAGCCAGCCUUGAAAAAGAGCACGCGACAAGUGAAAAUCAUCUUCGUGAUAAUCUCAAGGAACUACGAGGCGCAGUGGACAAUAUCAAUAGCUCACAGCUCUCCCUCGACUCGUACUCUUCAGGGAACGCGUCGAAGUUUGGCUCUCGCCUCUCAGAGGGCAACACAGUAACGACAAGUGCCCGCGGAGCCACCCCCAGAGGUGGAACGCAUCAGACGUCAGAUGAGCGAGGCGGAGAAGAACUGAAGGAAGUCGUGUGA